AUGGCGGUGGCAAAUUCAAGCCCUGUCAAUCCCGUGGUAUUCUUUGAUGUCAGCAUUGGCGGCCAGGAAGUUGGUCGUAUGAAGAUUGAGCUCUUUGCAGACGUUGUGCCUAAGACGGCGGAGAAUUUUAGGCAGUUCUGCACAGGAGAAUUCAGAAAAGAUGGGGUUCCGAUAGGAUAUAAGGGGAGCACCUUCCACAGGGUAAUAAAAGAUUUCAUGAUUCAAGGUGGAGAUUUUGUUAAUGGAGAUGGUACCGGAGUUGCCAGUAUCUACCGGGGGCCAUUCGCAGAUGAAAAUUUUAAGCUUAGACACUCGGCUCCAGGCCUUCUUUCCAUGGCAAACAGCGGUCCCAGCACAAAUGGCUGCCAGUUUUUCAUCACCUGCUCUAAGUGUGAUUGGCUAGAUGGGAAGCACGUGGUGUUUGGAAAAAUCAUUGAUGGACUUUUGGUGAUGAGAAAGAUUGAGAAUGUUCCCACAGGCCCCAACAAUAAACCCAAGCUGCCUGUGGUGAUCUCACAGUGUGGGGAGAUGUAG